UGUCCNAGAGGAAGAAAGCGGAAGCAAGAUUCGGUUGACACGGAGAAGAAUGUGGUUCCUUCUGACAACCUUUUAAGUUUCCAUAUCCCACCAGCAUUAAGGAGACAACUAAUUGACGACUAUGAAUUUGUUACUCAGAUGCACAAGCUUGUGCAACUUCCACGUUCUCCGAAUGUUGAUGACAUCUUGAAGAAGUACGUUGACACCCAAAUUAAGAAACAUGGCAGGGUAACUGAUUCGGUAGAGGAAAUUCUGAAAGGUCUGCGUUGCUACUUUGACAAAGCUUUACCGGUGAUGUUGCUUUACAACAAUGAACGGAAGCAAUACGAGGAAACCGUAACAGCGGAUGUUUCUCCCUCAAACGUGUACGGAGCAGAGCAUUUGUUACGACUCUUCGUAAAAUUGCCGGAGUUGCUAAUCCAUGUGAAUAUGGCAGAAGAGACAUUGAAGGAGUUGCAGGACAACCUUGCUGAUAUUCUCAGGUUCUUGAGGAAGAAGCAGAGCUUGUUUUUUGUAUCCGCAUACAAAGCAGUGGAAGAAAUGGAGAAGAAGGAAGAUUAAAAGAUGAGGUGCGUUAUGACGGACGUGUCAUUGUUGUUGUAAGUACUCUAUGUACAGCGAAUUUUCUUGUUUCUAGUAUAUUUUAUGUAGUGAGAGCUAAAAUCGAACUAGUAUUAUUAUUAUUAGGUUCGGUUUGGAUUAUGAAAAAGUAAUUAACGUCGUUAUCGUCGUGUCUGUGUCGGCUUUCUAAAUCCACGAUACCAUUGUAUUAUGAAGAUUUGGCUAUAAAAAAAAAACCAUUAGUCUGUCAA